AUUGAAACGUUUGGAGAUGAAUAUUGGAGAGAAUGUCGCGAUCUUACUGAAUUCGUCGUCGCCGAAGAGCAGUCCAUAUUACCAACAUAUUACUUUCGCCUAAGCAUUGGAACGUUGAAUAGUUGGUUAAUUGCAUAGCAAAUCGACACUGAUAAUUUGGACGAAAGGCUGUGGCUAAUCUCCUGACAGUUUAUAGACUGAACAACGUUGAUUCUGUCGUCACUAAACGACUUUUUGGAAUCUUUAAGUUGAAAAUUGAAUCAAAUUAAUUUUACGCGCGCCCUUUUUCUCAUAACCAGAGCAACUUUACACCAAAAUAUUUUAAAAUAAACUUCGGAUAAAUGGAUUAUCAAGAUCUUCUUGAGGACAUUGGUUCAUUUGGAAAAUAUCAGAAACGAGUAUCCGUGUUACUGCUACUUUCACUGGUUCCAAAUGCAUUGCCAUUAUUGAUGUUUGCUUAUACCCAGUACCCAACGAGGUUUUAUUGUUCUACCAGGGAUAUUGGAAAUGGUUCUCAGGACAUUUCACAUCCUAUGUCCUUGAAUCAGAGCUUUUUUCAAGAACAGAACACUUUCAAUCAAUGCGGCGUACUUCAUGAAAACAAUACAGUUCUAUGCAAAGCUGAACGGAUAUAUGAAGACGAUAAUACCGUCAUUGCAGAGUUUGGUCUGGUCUGUGAAAACGGGUGGAAAGUUCCGAUAACAGCUUCACUAUAUAUGGCCGGACUUUUAUUAGCACAAUUUUUUUCAAACUUGGCAGACAGAUUCGGACGUCGUCCCAUAAUUCUUGUAUUCUCAUUCUUGCAAUUUGUAAUGGUCGGCGUAGUUGGUUGUUCAUGGAAUUACAUAUCCUACGCCGUCUUUGUUUUUCUUUCUGGAUUUACUGGAAUAAUCAGAUAUGUUUGCACGUUUGUUUUGGCUACAGAAUUUUUGGGUGAAAAACGUAAAACUGAGAUCGGAGCUAUGUGCAGCAUUGCCUAUUCAGUUGGAUAUAUGAUAUCUCCAAUUUUUGGAUACUUGUUCCCCUACUGGCGAUGGUACUUGUGGGCAACUAGCUGUGUCGGUAUUUUAUACAUCCCAUUGAUAUGGUUGUUGCCUGAGUCUCUACGUUGGCUGAUAGUCAGUGGGAGAAUCGAAGAAGCCAAAAUUUUGACAAAGAAAAUUGCCAGUGUUAACGGGAAAAAUGCUGAUGUCGAAAAAGUGUUUCAAAAUUUGUCAACAAAAGAGGAGAUAGAAGAAAAAAAAGUAUCAUUAGAUAAUUUUGACCUUGAAAAAGAAGCCAGUUAUCUGCAUAUGAUGAAGAAUCCUACAUUGCGUGUACGAAGUUGUGUUAUGUAUCUCACAGGUUUCAUCUCUGCAACGAUUUAUUUUGGAAUUUCACUCAAUCCUUCACAACUCAGUGGGAAUCGGCUCCUCAAUAUUUUUCUAUCUGGAUUGGUGGAAAUUCCCGCGAUUCUGUCAACUUAUUUCCUAAUUCAACGUUACGGGAGAUCAAGAAUAUGUUUUUUGUUUCUUAUCGUUGGUGGGACUUCUUGCACUGUUGUACCAUUUACUAAAGAAAAUCAGCCGAUUUUAGCAAAUGCCUUUGUUUUGCUUGGAAAAUUCGCAAUUACUGGCGCAUUUUUUAUGAUGUAUGUGGUGAUUGGAGAGAUAACACCUACUCUUGUACGAAGUACAUCACUAGGUUUAGCCUCGGCCAGUGCAAGAUUAGGAGGAAUUGUUAUGCCUUUUCUGUUCUUCGCAGGCCAGGCAGCCGGUGAACAGAAUCUACCAAUGUUGGCGAUGGGCGGGAUGGCACUACUGGGCGGAUAUUUAUUUCUGCGUUUCAUCCCAGAAACAAGAGGGUAUCCUAUGCCAGAUUCUGUUCUAGACGCAGUCAAUAAUAAGCGUGUUUACGGAAUACAGGUAUGUCAAGACUUCACGGAAGACAAAAGCAGGAAAGACCAACAUUACGUUGCAUGAAAGGGUUGCCAUAUUGUUUUUUUUAACGCCAAAUUUACCGUUUCUGGAUUUUUCAAACACGUUUGACGUCAGAAUUUCUGUUUGGCUUAGUUAAGUCUAUUCAAUGAGCAUAUAUACAAUGAGUAGAAACUUCCAAAUACUUGCUCAUUAAUCCAUUGUGCCCUGCAUUUUUUACGUCGUCCAGCUAAAUGGUUCGUUGCAUAUGGAGAAAGCAUAUCUCUCGCUGCAAAAAUCCCUUGCUUCCGCCGCGUUGGGUGCGAAAUUGCCCGUAUUGAGACUUGCAAUUUUUCAAUUCGUGUUCGGUUUUGGGUUUCGAAGUAUGGUACGUUGAAAACAUACUAACUAUGAGCAUAUGCUUAUUGGGAAUGCAUAUCCAUUAGGCAGAAAACGUAGUUAUAGCACAGAAUAUGAAGUCAAAUGCGGUUAUUUCUGAUUAGAGCAUGGGAUUUAGGUACAUAUCUAUCCCGGGGGAAGCAAAGACGAUAAAAAGGCCUAAAUGUAUGGCGAACCACGGCUUCUCACAAUCUAUUUAAAUUUACUUUGUCAGUCUGGAAUAUCUUGAAUAUUAAAAACGAAGACAAAAAUUCGAACAAUAGCAGGGAAUCGGCUUUCCUCUCCACCUGGGUAAAUAUGUCAAUCCCACCCUAUAUUAAUGAAUACAAUGCCCCACGCCCCCUUUACAUGGGUCGCAUUACGUUUGAGAAAAAUUUUUCAUGCGAAAUUUCUUCCACAAAAAAGCAGCACCGUCGUUUUACGGUCGCGCAUUAUGGUUUCGUCAAAACGAUAUUAUUCUGUGUAUUAUCACUGUACAGAUGAGUACAAAUCAUAUGAAAGCCAUUGGUAUAUUUGCCACCACUGCUGCCGGACCAUCUAUGCUGGUUGUAUUCCAUCGUGUAAUGAAAAGCAUUACAAGUUUCAACUCGGCCAUUUACCAGCGCAACUCACAACUCCAGAUAUGAGAUUGAAUCGAUGUGAAGCCCACUUAUUGAAGCUGGUCAUUUCCUUCAUAAGAGUUGCCCAUAUUCCCAGAUCCAGGAAAUUUCGGGUCAUCGGAUCUAUGAUAUGUGUUGAAGCUGAAAUUGGGCCAAGUAUCGAAACAAUAUUACCAGUUGAUCAGAAUUUGAUACCCAUAGCUUUAAAACGGCGUCCUGAGUAUCGCAGCAAUUUUAUUGAAGAAGUAGUAUCGAAACAUAAGGUUUUAGCAUACUUUCAUUUUUUCAAACAAAACAACCCACCAUUUUGAGAUGUUCACUUUGAUAUUACGAAAUUUGACCAAUUUUUAUCAAUUACGCUAAAAUCCAUUGAAGAUCAAGAUGAGUGGAAAACUAGUAAAUCUUGUGUUGUUGCCAAAGC